AUGGGAAUCGGUGCUAGUGGUAGUAGUCUUGGAGGCAUUAUCUAUCCUAUCAUUUUCCGUAAACUACAGCCACAAAUUGGCUUUCCUUGGACGACACGUCGGAUAGCCUUCGUCAUGUUGGCUACCUCAGUUCUUCCUGUGAUACUAACGAGAACGAGAAGAAAGCCAUCUUCUCAAUGGAAACUAGUUGACCUCGCUGCCUGGAGAGAGCUUCCGUACCUUCUGCUUGGCAUUGGGCUCUUCUUCACAUUCAUGGGACUUUACAUUCUGUUCUUCUAUGUCCAAACGUACGUUGUCCAGCAAGGUAUCAUGAGUGAAGACUUGGGGUUCUAUCUAUUAGCAAUUCUCAACGUGGGGUCGUUCUUUGGGAGAAUUGUCCUUAAUUAUAUCGCGGAUAAAAUCGGCCUGCUGAAUGUUUGUAUUGCGUGUGGUAUUGCUACAUCAGUUCUAGGGUUUGCCUGGAUUGCAAUAGAAGACACUGGAGGGAUCAUAAUAUUCAGUAUCUUGUAUGGAUGCCCUAAUAUCUUCUAUGAAAACAGCUUCUUCUCCGACCUCUUAGUUUCCCUCCCUCCAGCUGUAGUUGUAACUCUCUCACCACACCCGGGAGUGAUUGGUCUCCGUCUUGGAAUGUUGUUUGUACCUAUUGCUUUUGGUCUGCUUAUUGGUAAUCCUAUUGCUGGGGCAAUACUGAAAAGCGGACAUGGGAACAAUUGGAAAGCUUUGGAAGCAUUCUGUGGAAGCUCUAUACUACUUUCUGUGGGCUUUCUCGGGGCUGCAAGAGUAACCAAAGUAGGAUGGGGAAUGAAGGAAAAAUCUUAA